AUGGUCAAGGUAGCCAUCGCUGGAGGCUCCAGCCCGACACUGGGACAUUCAGUUGUCUCUGCCCUUCUGGCAACGAACGGUCGCCAUACACCUAUUAUCCUGUCGCGGAAGAAAGCUGACGACGGCACGACUUCGAGCAAGGAUGUCUGGCCAGUUGCCGGCUCAUCGUCGUCUACGGCAGAAGUAGAGACACGAUACGUCGACUAUGAAUCAGACGAUUCGCUGGUAGCCUCCUUGCGUGAUAUAGAUACAGUCAUCAGCGUCCUCCUGAUCCACGACACGGACACAUUCGUCAAGACUCAGAUAAGGCUUCUACACGCCGCUGAAGCUGCAGGCUGUCGGCGAUUUGCACCCUCCGAGUUCGCUGGGACGUAUGACAUGCACUUCAAAGUCGACUUUGAUAAAAUGGCCAAGUUGCCCGUGUGGGAGGCUGUUCUUGCGUCAAAGAUCGAUGCCGCCAUGUUCUCAUCCGGGAUGUUCAUGAACUAUCUUGGGAUCGGCUGCCCGGAGAAAGAUGGCAACCGCGCCGAGGCACUGGCAGGCUUCGCAGAGGGGCCCUUCUUGUUUAAUCUUGUUGAGGGCUGGGUUGACAUGCCGGUGGUGGAAGGCGAUGGUGCUUCACCAGCCCUUAUAACAAUGACUAACAUUCGUGAUAUUGGCCGUUUUGUCGCUGCGGCUAUCGAUUUGGAGCAGCCUUGGGGUAAGCGUGAACUUGGAAUGGCUGGCUCAACGCUUCGGUUCGACGAGAUGGUCCCUCUGAUCGAAAAAUAUACUGGUCGUAAGAUGGAGAUACGCCCGUUUACAAAAAAACAGCUUCAGGAAAGGGCUGCCAAUGCCUCUGAGGGAGUUGCGGGAAUCAUCGAGCACAUGGAGUGUCAGUUGAAGACGGUCUGCUGCGAAGGUGGAAUCCCCAUCGAGCCAACGCUGAACCGGCUCUGUCCCGGGGUGAAGCCCAUGACGGUUGAGGAGUUCUUGCGCAAGUACUGGGCAGAGCCAUCUGGUAUUUCUGUCUGA